AUGGCGGGCAUCCUGACCGGACCUGCCUCGAACAGCCUACAGAGGCUGUUCAUACCAGCCGCCUGCGUAUUCAUCUUCUUUCUGGGCUAUACUUCGCAAUGGCUCUUCAACACGGCGGAAUACCUCGAACCUGGACCCAUGACCCAGCGUGAAACAGCCAUCUUCAACGUCCUGCUUGUGUGCCUGUGGUUGACAUAUUACAAAUCAUGUACUGUACCACCAGGACAAUACACUUUUCCCCCACCACAGUCAAACGACGACGACGACAAGAAGGACAAUAUCGAACCCUCCUCCACCACCGCCAGCUCGACGACCAAACAGUCCCCUAAACAGUCAACAACGCCCGCCCGCUGGUGCAAGAAAUGCGCCGCCCCGAAGCCCCUCCGCGCCCACCACUGCCGCCACUGCGGUACCUGCAUCCCCAAGAUGGACCACCACUGCCCCUGGACGGGCAACUGCGUCUCCCUCCAGACCUUUCCGCACUUCUUCCGCCUCCUCGUCUACGCCAACCUCGCCCUCGCCUACCUCCACUGCAUCCUGCUCUACCCGCGCUUCCGCGCCCUCUUCUGGGACGACUCCUCCCGGCUGCCCGCCUACCUGGGGCCCAGCAUCCCCGCCAUGGUCCACCUGACCCUCCUCGGCCUGCUCGGCGGCCUCGCCAGCCUCGGCAUGGGCGUCCUGCUCAUCACCACCGCCCGCAGCUGGGUGCUGAACCAGACCAUGAUCGAGGGGUGGGAGGUCGAGCGCCACGAGGCCGUGCUGCUGCGCGCCAAAAAGGGCGGCUGGUGGGCCGGCGACGGUGGGACGACGACCCCCGCCCUGCGCAUAGACCGUGUCGAGUUUCCCUACGACCUAGGCUUCUUCGCCAACAUGGCCCAGGCCAUGGGCACCAGGAACAUCCUGUCCUGGCUGGACCCCCUCGUGGGCGGCGGGCCGACCGUCUCUGCCGAAGUGGGCAAGGGCACCGGCUGGGAGUGGGAGGAGAACGGCUUCAACGACCGCGUGGGGAUGUGGCCGCCCCCAGACCCGGACAAGAUGCGCCGGUCAGGCCCUGCGGGGUCCACGUGGCCCGGGGCCGCUGCUGUUUCGAGGGCCGAGAUCGAGAGCAUCGACCACAAGUGGAAGAACCCGCAGGAGGAGGUUGCUGUGUUCAGGGCCAGGCAGGAGAUGGACCUGCGUAGGAGGAGGGGUGAGUCCGGGGUGAUUGCCGAGCUGAAUGAGGGCGAGGAGCUCGAGGACCUGGACUAUGAGUAUGUGGAGAGUGACGAGCCCGGCUGGACCAACUCGGAGGGCGACCGUCUGCGGGACUACGGCGUGGAUGAGGACGCCGAAGAGGACGACGAGGAUGUCCCACUUGGCGAGCUGCUGCGCAGGAGAAAGGCGUAUGAUAAUAGUGAAGCUUAG